AUGUCGCGGCUUCACAUCACCUGUCCCCAUUGCCCUAGUGUUGUCUUUUCGAAUGAUAGACCUGCUGUGGUAGAGAAACGUACGCUACGAUCCAUCUUAGGUGCAGAAGAAAAAGGUCCAGCUGAAGUAGAGCGUUACUAUAGUCUAAAGGACCCUUUUGCAUUUGAUAAUAUCAGUGUUUCGAAGCCCUUGGCUAGCAAUAUCAAGUUGCUAGCAUGUGGUGAAUGUGAGAAGGGACCACUGGGAUACUUUGAUCCUGCAGGAAAGGAAUAUUUAUUGUUGUGUUCAUUGGAAAAAUAA